AAAUGCUCUCUCAGAAUCAGACUCAGACCCCCGAAACUGAGACAAAAAGCAGCAAAAAACAAGUGUAAAGAGAGAGAGAUAAGAGAGAAGAGAUGGGUGUGGAGAAGGAAGUCAUCAGACCCGGCAACGGUCCUAAACCCACUCCGGGUCAGACCGUCACCGUCCAUUGCACCGGAUUCGGGAAAGGUGGUGAUCUGUCCCAGAAGUUCUGGAGUACAAAGGAUGAGGGGCAACAACCUUUCUCGUUCCAAAUCGGUAAAGGUUCCGUGAUCAAAGGAUGGGAUGAAGGCGUUAUUGGAAUGCAGAUUGGAGAGGUUGCUCGCUUGCGGUGCACACCGGAUUACGCAUACGGCGCUAGUGGGUUUCCGGCAUGGGGAAUCCAGCCAAACUCGGUUCUCGACUUUGAAAUCGAAGUACUGAGCGUGCAGUGAUGAUCUCCCCCAGCUCCAAAAACUGUGGGAAGAUUUAAUAAUCUAUACUUGAGUGUUAAAAUUCUGAAGAGGUGACAACCCUUUUUAUCUUUAUUGCUUCUGUGAUCUUGAUGAGACAAACUUUGUGAUGUCACUCUUUCUAAAAACUCUUGGACAAACGUUUUAUCUCAAUAAAAGACCCGUCUUGUGUUUCAAUCGAAUGUUUGUAUUACUGCU